GGAAACAGGAAAUGUGCAUGUUCUGCAAAGCUGAGGAAGAAGUUAAAGAGUAUUGUACCUGACCACAGAGAGUAAAAUGCAGAAACCCAAUUUUCUGUUGUUCUUAUUUCUGUUGCCGAGCGCCUGCUUUGGCACAGCAACUACAACAGCAGAGGGAGAAUCUUCAGGGGGUGGCCCACCAUCAUCUGUUCACACAGUAGCCCCAGAACCCACCAUAUCCACUGCAUUUUGGGCAACUAGUGGCCAACACUUGCAGGAUACCACUAUGCUAGCAAAAACCAACAGCUCUGAAACGGGAGGCCCAACAACACCAGCAAUGGCAGACCAAGGAACUGAAGAUCCACACCCUGCUUUGAUAUAUGGAAUCCCCGUGGUGCUGGUGCUCAUCCUUGUGAUUCUGUUGGCCAUCUUCAUUUCACGACAAUGCAAGCAAAAAGACUCCAAACAAGAUGAACUAGGAAGCGAAAACUGUAAAAGUCCUAUUUUUGAAGAAGACACACCCUCUGUUAUGGAAAUAGAGAUGGAAGAGCUUGAUAAAUGGAUGAAUAGCUUAAAACAAAAUGCUGAAUGUGAAUAUUUGCCUCCUGUGAAAGAAGAAAAAGACUACAACACUAACCCAAGUGAUGGCGAAUCUUGAAGUCAGGAUGGUGUUAUAUGGAUUAAGGAAGAGACACACAGACCUUCCAGUUCAUGAGAAGCUAGGAAAGCUGAAUAUGAAUCUCCUUCGCCUCAAAAAGCCAAGGGUACUAGUGUCAUUGUCCUUUCCUGCCAGUUUUCUUCUAUGUAAUGACAACAUCAACUCUGCAAAACAAAGGUCCUGAAAUUAAUUGUUACUGCUGAGAAAUUCAGAAGGAGUGAGUGGGAAGAGAGCAGAGCAAUCCUUUUCCAGCUAUUUCUCAUUGCAAUUCAUUUGUUCCUUUGAUCAACACACAUGCAUGGGAUAUUUUGCACAUUUGUCCAUUACACAAAUGUUUAUAAGCACAAAGGUCAAUGUGCUUUUGAAUCUGAAUUUCUUUUCUGUGUUUAAAUCUCAGCUCUGAAAUGCAAUUUAUGUCAGUGAAAUUUAAUUUUUUCCCUUGGUAAUGAUGGUGAUUCUUCACACAGAUUUCUACUGAUGAUAGCAGCAGAAUUCACAAUGGUUCUACAAGCCAACGUCACACAAAUAGCAUUUCAAACAACCAGGGGCAGCCAGAGGAUAUAGAACAGGUAGAUAACCAUGAGAGUCUGCAGUGCUGCUACUGUGUUUAUGUGGAUAGCAUCAUUAUAUAGUUUAAGCACUAGAUAGGACUGGACUUAGUUGUAUCUGGGUGGAAUCCAAAUUUCCCACUUGUGCUGUUCUGUUCUUAUUAAGGGAGAGACAGCAAAGUCUUUGUCUACCUACAUGAUCACCAUCUCUUUUCCGUCUUCCAUGAGCUAAAAUUCUGUGUGGACUUCACAGGGCCCAAGUUCCUGUGGCAAGUUUGCCUCUAGAUGUAGAAAUCAGCACGUGCAAACUUGUGUAAAUCCUUGCCCUCUUCCUGGGUGAUGUGUUUCCGUUUUUUGGCCACUCUGCUGGAGGGCCACGCGAUACCCAUUCCUACCCACAUGGGGCCAAGGCUUUCAUUAUUUGCUAAUAAGCUCGGGGUCCCUUUUACAGCAGAAAACCAGAGGCAAGUAAAAGAAGCAGCAGCAAACAACUGGAUUACCAGCUAAGGAUUCUCUUUCCUUUGUCACUGCUCAUUUCCAGUCAAGUCUCCUUUUUCCCAAAUCCACUGCUGAUGCUGCCUCUCUUUCCCCUUAUUCCUUGAAUCCAUGUUUAAGCCUAUUACUAGCACAGUAUUUCCAUAGUCAUAAUAUGACCAGUCAGAAUUAACAACCCUCAGCAGGGGUGAUCUAAAGCAUUCACUUGUAUCCAUGUCCAACGGAUUUGGCUAGUUCCUUGUACUUUUACACACUAGACCAGGUUGUGUUGCCUCCUUAGCUCAUUUAAAGCCACUUUACUUGCUUAGUUGGCUUGCCUCACAUUGUUCAAGAACAGCUUUGACUUACACUCAGCCUAUUUGCAUGUACAUGAACCAAGACUUGUUUUAUUGUCAUGUUAUAAAUCUAGCAAUAUUACAUAAAAGGAUGAUAUGCCACAUCCCUCAUGGCAGGUUACUUUUGCAAUUUCUAAAUAAGUUGCUGCAAAUACAAUGUAGACAGAUAUAUGCUGAUUUUCAACAAAAGCUCCCUGCCCUCUUAGCUUUUAUAUUUAGCAUUUUAGUAAGACUGGACCAGCCAUGACACUAGUUUAGAUCAUGCUGAUCAUGAACCUUGAUAAUGCUGGUCAUAGCUCAACAUUAAGAUUAUUGCUGCUAUCACACUUCUUUAAUCAACAGUUGAUGAGAAUUACAAAGUCAUUAGUUCGAAAUGAAAUGUCCACAGAAAGCACCAACAAAAAUAUAUUUGCCAACAUGCCAUAUCCUAAGUAUUUUCUUACUGGCACAACACAUUUAAAGAUCAGUCCAUGGGAAAUUUUAAAGAAUUACUAAUGUAGAUUCCAAAUACUGUAUGACAGCCUUCCCCAACCUAGUGCUUUCCAGAAUUUUGGAUUUCCGCUCCCAUCAACAGAGGCAAUGGUUAGGAAUGCUGGAAAUUGUAGUCCAAAACAACUGAAGGAUGCCAGGUUUGGAGAGGUUACCCUACAAGCAUGAGAUCUCAGAAUAUCAUUUAUGUAUCUGUAAUGUCAUGUAAGAUUUUUGGCCAAUUUAAUAAAAUAUGUCCUUGGCCAUGUUUUUGUAACAGUCAUUCUGGUUAUUUGCUUGGAUUACUGCAAGUUGAAUUUUUGGACUUAUUAAAGGUUUGGGGUUUGCAUGCAAACAUCUAUGGCUCAGGGGACAGACAGGAUUAUCAUUUCUAAACAUAAUCACUGACACAAAACAUUGUGCUGAAAGCACAUAGAUUUAGCCAUAUUCUGUUUCCAAAAUGUUAUUGCCUCUGUAUAUUCUUUGUGCUACCACUGGAUAUCAGAGAUCAAUGUACAUUUUAUAAUAGGAGUUAUUUAGCUGUUAUUUAUACCUGCAUUACUUAACCUCUACUAUAAUGAAACAUGAUAGCAAAUUGAUUUUAAAAACCAAACCAAGCCAUUAACUAAGAAUGUCCAUGUGUCCAAAAUGGCUAUAGAUGUUUAGCAUGUAGAUGUACCUUAUUAAUUGAAACAUGAUAUUAUCAAAAUAUGUUAUCAGAAUGUCAUGAUGCUAGCAUAGUAUAUUUGUUCUGUAAAUAAUGGUCUGAUUUAAGUGAGUAAUCUCUUUUAUUUCCCUUAGUAUGUCUACUGUAAAGAUAAAUUUGUUACUGAAUGGUUGCAGGUGCAAGAUCCAGAAUACUUGUCCACAUGUUCACAUGGGCAAAAAAGAGCAUCAAGGAUGAUGACAAUGAUGAUACAUUAAAAUAUGGUGCUGAAAAAAAAAGAUCCAUGGGAAAUUGGAGUUCUCAGGGUUUUGUACAUUUGCACAAAAUAUAAUAUAAUAUAAAUGCAUUG